ACGCCCGGCCACCUCAGCCAGGGUUUCUUUACCUUAUUCUUGAUCCUUCUAAAAUAGUUAUUAGCCUUUUUUCCAUCCUGAUCAUUUUCACUUGCAAUUUCCUCUACAUGGCCUUUCUUUGCUUCCUCUCAAGUUAAUACUCUGUAUCAACAGUUUUCAGUGGACCAACCAACGGGGCAAGGUGUUCGCUAGCCCUAAAACCAGGCCUUGGAUCUCCAUAGUCACCUGAAACGUUUGCUAAAAAUCUCAUUUCCAAACACCAGGGGGUGUCUGUCUAUCCCUCUAACUAUCCUACCCUUAGGUAGAGAUUAGUCCUAAACCUUUUCCUCACCCGUUUUCACUGCUUCUGCACUAGAUCUCUUUCCCUCCUUCUCAAGGUAGAAAUUAGUCCCAUUUUCCUCACUCCUUUUCACUGCUUUUACAAACGCAAAAUUUCUCCAUCACAAAACUUUUUGAGUCCACAAAAGUUUUUUAUUGCAGUUUCUCUCUUUGGCUCUCAUUCUCUCUGGACAAGCUUGUCUUUUUUUUUUUUUUUUUAAUUUAUAAAAUAUGUUUUUUCAUAGAGACAGAGUUUCACCACAAGCUUGUCUUUUCCUUUGCGCACCCUUCGGUCUCUGCAUCGUCCACACGCGCCUUUGCUCCCCAGCUCUUCCUUUCGCUACCUGUCUUCCACCUCUGUGGGCUUCGUGGUUGUCUUUCAGGGUAGUCUUUAUGUACACGUCUCUGAACCUCUUUAUGCAUCUGCCUUCUUCUGUCUUCCUCUAUAUGGCUUUCUCCUUGUCUCACCAUUUCUGUGCCAGUCUCUCUCCAUCUCUCCCACAGUCCCCAGGCUGGGAACAAAGUCACGGUGCUAGCGCAGAACAUGACUCCGAUCGUCCGGUUCUGGACCGCGACGUUCCACCAUGCCCCUCCGCGCAUUCCAACUGCAGACAAAGAGUCCCCGACCCCUCCCCCCCACACUCUUUCCUGUUCCAAUUCUUGAGUGUUGUAGGAGUACCUGCCACAACUGCCCCUGCCCGCCUCUCACGUCCAGUCCGCGGGCCUCCACAUCCAGGGCAGUUAGCGCCAGCGCCCCUUCUGCACACACCAACGAUCCCUGCGCAGACACCCCCGGCGCUCGCGCACACACAGCGCUCCGCCCUCCCAGGAAAGUAGAUCCGGCCAGGCAGACAAAAGUUUGGGACACAAGUUCGGUUUGCGGCGAGCGUGAGAGUGAGGGGGGCGGGGGCCGGGGAGAGUGGGGCAGUUGGGCGAGUCGACGCGUGAACAGAUAGACCUGCGGACCGGACAGCCGCGGCCGGAGGCCCUGCCAGCCCCUCUCACCCACAGAUGCGUGGGGGGACGCAGCCCCUCCCGCUGGGGGAUGCUGUGCGAUUCCUGGCGCCGGGCAUCCGGGCCGCCAGCUAAGCCCCUGUGCCUCCCCUGUCCCCCUGGGGAUCCAGAGUCCGGCUGCACGGAAAGAGAAUCGGCCGCAGAGACGCUGCAGGGUGCUGGGCGGGGUAGGGACGAGAGGCCCCAGGCCCGAGGGCAUGGAGCGGUUAGGAGAGAAAGCCAGUCGCCUGCUGGAGAAGUUCGGCCGCAGAAAGGGCGAAUCUAGCAGGUCUGGGUCCGACGGCACCCCCGGGCCGGGCAAGGGGCGCCUAAGUGGGUUGGGGGGACCUAGGAAGUCAGGGCCCCGAGGAGCUACUGGGGGACCUGGGGAUGAGUCGUUGGAGCCGGCCCGGGAGCAAGGUUCCCUGGACGCUGAGCGAAAUCAGCGCGGCUCCUUUGAGGCACCGCGCUACGAAGGUUCCUUUCCUGGGGGGCCGCCACCCACCCGGGCCUUGCCUCUACCUCAGUCAUUGUCCCCCGAUUUUCGGCUGGAACCCGCAGCCCCGGCCUUAAGCCCCCGCUCCAGCUUUGCCAGUAGCUCGGCCAGCGACGCUAGCAAGCCGUCCAGCCCCCGGGGCAGCCUGCUGCUGGACGGGGCGGGGGCUGGCGGAGCUGGAGGGAGCCGGCCCUGCAGCAAUCGCACCAGCGGCAUCAGCAUGGGCUACGACCAGCGCCACGGGAGCCCCUUGCCCGCGGGGCCGUGCCUUUUUGGCCCACCCGUGGUAGGAGCACCAGCAGGCUAUUCUCCCGGAGGAGUCCCGUCCGCCUACCCGGAGCUCCACGCCGCUCUGGACCGAUUGUACGCUCAGCGGCCCACGGGGUUCGGCUGCCAGGAAAGCCGCCACUCGUAUCCCCCGGCUCUGGGCAGUCCUGGAGCUCUAGCCGGGGCUGGAGUGGGAGCAGCGGGGCCCUUGGAGAGACGGGGGGCGCAACCCGGACGACACUCUGUGACCGGCUACGGGGACUGCGCCGCGGGCGCCCGGUACCAGGACGAGCUUACAGCGUUGCUUCGCCUGACGGUGGGCACUGGUGGGCGAGAAGCCGGCGCCCGCGGGGAACCCUCGAGUAUUGAGCCGUCGGGUCUCGAGGAGCCGCCAGGUCCUUUCGUUCCGGAGGCCGCCCGGGCCCGGAUGCGGGAGCCGGAGACCAGGGAGGACUACUUCGGCACCUGUAUCAAGUGCAACAAAGGCAUCUAUGGGCAGAGCAAUGCCUGCCAGGCCCUGGACAGCCUCUACCACACCCAGUGCUUUGUCUGCUGCUCUUGUGGACGAACUUUGCGUUGCAAGGCUUUCUACAGUGUCAAUGGUUCUGUGUACUGUGAGGAGGAUUAUCUGUUUUCAGGGUUUCAGGAGGCAGCUGAGAAAUGCUGUGUCUGUGGUCACUUGAUUUUGGAGAAGAUCCUACAGGCAAUGGGGAAGUCCUAUCACCCAGGCUGUUUCCGAUGCAUUGUUUGCAACAAGUGCCUGGAUGGCAUCCCCUUCACAGUGGACUUCUCCAACCAAGUGUACUGUGUCACCGACUACCACAAAAAUUAUGCUCCUAAGUGUGCAGCCUGUGGCCAACCCAUCCUCCCCUCUGAGGGCUGCGAGGACAUCGUGAGGGUGAUAUCCAUGGACCGGGAUUAUCACUUUGAGUGCUACCACUGUGAGGACUGCCGGAUGCAGCUGAGUGAUGAGGAAGGCUGCUGCUGUUUCCCUCUGGAUGGGCACUUGCUCUGCCAUGGCUGCCACAUGCAGCGGCUCAAUGCCCGACAGCCCCCUGCCAACUAUAUCUGAGCUUCAGUCACUGCUGCUGCCGUCACCACCGCUGACAAACUGCUCUGGCCAGUGGGCCCCUCUGAGGCCAGCCAAGGCAAAUAAUGCACUCUACAGGCCUGGCAGAAGAGUCCUCUGGGGAGGACCCCAAGGCCAGAGACCCAAAGAUCAUGACAUUCCAAAUGGAUUGUGGAGGAGAAACUUUAUAUUUACCAGGGUGGGGGUGACUGGCCUUUUUUCCAUGUGUGCAGCCUGAGCUUAGGUACACACAGGAGGGUUCCAGUACUUUCUCAACAUCUGAUUCUGUAUCUUCAGUAUAUAUAUAUUUUGUUUGUUUGUUUUAGAGAUGGGAUCUCACCAUGUUGCCAAGGCUAGUCUUGAAUUCCUGGGCUCAAGCGAUCCUCCCACCUUGGCCUUCCAAAGUGCUGGGAUUACAGGUGUCAGCCACUGUGUCUGGCCUAGUAUGUGAUUGUUUAUGAAUCAUGCAAUGUUCUGGUCCCAGAUUCCAAGAGUAGAGGACCUAGCUUUAAAUCAACUAGUUUCAAUGAAACUGACUAGAAACAAAUCAAAGUGUAUUGCUCCCUUCAGCCCCCCAAACCCCAGAGUUUUGGGGUUGUGGUUGAUGCAUUGUGGGACCCCUCUGAGAGGUGGCAAUUCUAGGGUGGUGAGGUCCUGCUAGGCAACCAAAUUUAAGCUCCUCACUUUUUUGUGACACAUGGUGUCAGAUAGGGUGUCUUCCAGGUGCUUACCACCAUAAGCACCUGUAUCUGGGUAAAGAGGUAGAAACUCUGAACCUCAUUAACGAGUUAUUUCUUGGCCUUCUUCUAAGGACUAGGAGAGCUCCUCAUCUAUCUGCUGAGAAUGGGGACCAGCUCUGAGUGGGCUUGCUGCCUGUAUUCCUUGUUUCUCAGGGACUCACGUGGGUCUGGGGAGGCUAGGUGAGUGCUUGUACUUGGUUGCUCUUCUCCUUGGCUGGGGGAGGUAAUGGGUGUGUUCAUACACACACACACACACACACACACUCUCUCACACUCUUACUGUCUUCUCAGGUCACUCUUAGUUUCCUAGUAGUAGCUCACCUGCCACCUCUCAGAGUGGCCCCAGCUUGUAUCCAUCACAAAAACUAGAGUUGGGGGGAACUGGAGGGAGCAAAACACUGGUUUGGUACUAGUCAGUUUGCCUGAAAUUAGUUCACCUAAAGCUAGAUCUCUUAAAACCAAUUUACUGAAAACUUGUUUGCUUAAAGUGAAUGACUUAAUGACUAAUUUGCCAAAAGCUCAAUUCCUAUUUUGGUGUGUUUGUAUCCAUUUAGGUGUCCUACUGUUUUUUGUCAUGCUUUGGGUAUUUCGAGGAUUUAUAUCUACUCAUCCAAGAGUACUUCCGAGUUAUUAGCAGCAACAUAAAUUUAUCAAAUUUGCAGCACUUUGUGAAUGAUGAGAUUGCUUCCUACCUUUAUGGAUGUCUUUUUCUAUGUUAUCUACUUUUCAAAAACUUUUUUGAAAAGUUUAAAGUUUCUAGCAAUAAAUAUAAUUGGUGCAGACAUUUUGUGUAUCAUUUUUUUUUGUUUCUUAAUCCAAUAUUCCUUUACAAAUUAAAUGCCUUGAAAAAUGUAAUGGAGUUCAAUGUGAUUUUGAUGCUUUGGUCUAACUUCUACAUUCCUACUAUUAAAAUGCCAGUAUAUCUUAAAUAGGCAUGAGGCAUAUUCAGUUGACUUACAAUUAAAGGUUAUACAGACAACAGUAAUAAAAAGUAAAAGGGUGAAUCUGCUAAAUCCUUUUGAAAUGCUGCAGAUUUGAUAAAUAUUUAUUUUAGACUAAUUGGCUUUAGGUGAAUUGGUUUUAGGCAAAUUAAUCUAGCAAUCUUUGAUCUUUAGUCUUCGUUUUCUGUCACUCAGUGAAUUUCAUACUGGAAAUGAUGACUCCUGAGAACAGAAAUUCCACAUUUGGGGGCUAUUCUAAGAUGACUAUGCCAGCCGACCUGGGAAAUACAUAGAAGAGACCUGUAAGUGAGAGGGAAAGAGUUCAGAUUCAUACAAUGAGUGCCAGAGGGAGAAAUGAACCUUGUUGGAGAGAGAAAUGUUCUGAAACUGAAUUACUGCUUGUUCAGCUGAGAUUGCAUCUUCUGAAUUAUUAUUAUCAAAUAAGUGACUACAAA